AUGCUGGCUCACGAUGUUCCUGACGUCGUUGAGGAGUACGAGACCAGUAAGAGGUCGGCGAACGCGACCGACGCUGCUGACUCCUUCCACGAUCCCGCGAACCGUAACGUGCGUGAAUUGGCGAUCGACGACGAUCUCCCGAGCGACUCCGACGUCUUCUACGAGGCUCGGGAGCAUUCGGAUACCUUGACGGUCGAGAGCGACUACGAGAACGACCUCGGUGGUCGUAAGACAAACGAUCUCGACUACGUGAACGCCUCCAUUGAUCGACAGGGCGUUCCCUCAUGUGACGCAACGCAGAUACUUGGAGCUCUGAGAGUCUCCUCUCAUAGCGUCCGAUCCAUGGUCGGAUGUGCUGGGGCAUUCCCCGUGCACACACCAUGUCGUCCCAUUCCUGCCGCAUUGGUCGCGGUCUCUCCAUGUGACACCGUGGACACCCUUCACGGACAUGGACGUAACACAUGUGGAACCCAUCACGAGUCAAAUGACAUACGCGUCGUCGUAAGUCGCCAAUAG